AUGGCCAAUCAGGACAAUGAACAUGAAUCUUUCAAUUCCGAGGCGAAACUGCCCUCCGAACAUGUUGAAAACAGGACCCUUGCUAGCCGCAUACAGACAAUACAACGACUACACGACGGCCAAGAACACGGAGUUGACCAUCGUCUAGUGGUCGACGUGAAAGAGGCAGAGAGGGAGUAUGGGUCCGAAGUCGCAUCCGCUCUGAAGACCACGGAUGACGGCUCAUAUAUCUUGUGGCCACAACCACGGGAAGAUUCUAAUGAUCCCCUGAAUUGGUCGGCUUUUAAGAAGGGAUACACUUUGGCUAUUAUUUCUUUGGCCACUGUGAUACCUGACUUUAGCUCCAGCAUCGGAAUCGCAUCUCUGUUCCCUCUUUCAAAAGAAUUCGAUACCACAGUUAACAAUGUAAACAACCUAACCUCCAAUUGGUCUAUAUUCCUGCUCCUUCCGGGUCAUGUGUCCAGUCUUGGUCCAGGGGGUGUACUGGCAGUGAUUCUGAUUUCAUCAUUCGGAAGAUUACCUGUGCUAUUUUGGUCACAGGUUUUUGGCCUUGGUUUUCUGAUUGGAUGCACUGUUGCGCCAACCUUGAACGUUUUUGCCGCUACGCGAUGCCUUCAAAGCUUCUUUUCUACGGCUCCUCAGGUCGUUGGCCUAUAUUUCAUCAAGGAUAUAUUUUUCUGGCACCAAGAGGCACGAAAAGUUAACAUUUGGACUUUUAGCUUUGUUGUCAGUCCGUUCCUAGGGCCAUUUUUAUUCGGAUUUCUCGUUGAAAGGCAAACUUGGAGAUGGGCGUAUGGUAUUGGGUGCAUAUACUCUGGCAUCAUUCUACUUCUUAUCGUGCUAUUCCUGGACGAGCCCAUGUACGACCGCAAAUACUUCCCAGCUCCUACACCACCGACCAAAGGCCUACGAUAUCGGUUUGAAACAUUGGUAGGAAUUACUGGAGCCAAGAUGUACAAGUACCGGGUACCUAUCUCAACUGCUAUGUGGCGUCCUUUAGAGACGCUAUUGAACCCUAGAAUGCUGCUGGCAUGCAUCUUCAUGGGGAUCACCUUUGGUUGGACGAUUGGAAUUAACGUUACGCUCGUUAUCUUCCUACAAACUCCCCCACCACUAGGAUACGGAAUGAACAGUGACCAGAGCUCGGCGAUGUACUUGACUCCUAUUGUGGCUGCACUACUUGGAGAGCUUGUGGGACACUGGCUGAACGACUUUGUCGCUCGGUGGUACAUAAAGCGCGCAAGUCCCACUUUACAUCAUGGUGUGUUUCGACCUGAAGCUCGUCUUAUAGUACCCUACAUCGGAAGCUUUUGGGCCACCGCUGGUCUCAUCACAGUGGGCGCCAGCCUUGGAAAGCUGCUGUCUAUUGCUGGUGUCAUUUUUGGAUGGGGCAUGCUUGUAUUCGGUGUUAUGCUCAUCGUCACUUCGAUGUACGCCUAUUGCUCAGAUCUCCUUCCUGGGCGACAAGGUGAGAUUUCGGCGUUAUUGAAUUGGGCGCGAGUAUUGGGCGGGUUUUCGGUCGGAUACUAUCAAGUACCCUGGGCUGAGCAUUCAGGCGCUCUACAAGUAUUCGGGGUCGAGGCUGCGAUUGUGGUAGGAGUAACCGCCCUCAUCAUACCUAUCCUCCAAUUUGUAGCGCCACGUUUCGAAGUAAGUUUACCCUCAUCAACUGUGCCGAAUUAA